GUGUUUGUUUUUCGUCACCCCUUUAAACCUUAAUUAAUAGUUUAAAUGUACUAGUUGUGACGGGGCAUAUGUCCUGCGCACUGACUUCGAUGCGGGGGAGGGCACGCUCCAUCUGGGAUCGCCAUCAGCUGAAUGGAGUUAGCUGGUGGGCGGGUCUCAGCGGAGCGUGUCUGUUUAAAAAGAGCAGCUCGGCAGCGUGCGUGCAACCUGGAGUCGGCAUCCGUUAGGGCCGUGCUCUGCUCAUUCUGUUUUUGUUUUAUUGUUUGUUUAUUUAUUUUUGUAUUUUAACGUCCUUUACUCUGUGUCUUCCAUCGUGGUUCUCUGCUGCCUCCCUGCUACUCUCCAGCGCGGUAGGAAAAUGAAUCCUUUACAUAGUUUAAUUAUUUAAAUCACAGGAGAAAACAAACGCACAAUGCAUUCGGCAAUUAGACUGAAGCAGACGGAACGAAAUGCAGGUUCAAAUAGAUUUUCAAUUUUAUGUGUUGGAAAACAUGGAUCGAGAAUUGAUUAGCAGUUUGCUACGCAUGUGAACUGGCAGAGCUAUACUGGUUUUCUUUUCUGAAAAGAGACUAAUAUUGCAGAUAGCAGACUUUGGUUCAAAUUGCAUAUACUGCUAACAAUUGAUAAGAGACCUUGCAUCUACAAGCUUCUUGUCCAACAUUGACUGCAAGCUAGCAAGAUAACAAUGCUGUGGACCAGAAGGGGCCAGGCUCUAAGACUUUUGGGAAUACAAAGCAUAAAGGAGCUAAAAGGCUCCCAGGGACUGCCGUUGGACCCAAAGGUUCACAGGGAGAAUAAGAGAUAAUGCCACUGGACUCAAAGGGUCUCAGGCAAAACGGAGAGAUAGGAACAAGGAAGAUGACAAAAACCAGAUGUAUGGACCUUUUUGGGGCACCAGGGGUCUGAAGAAUGCACUGAGUUCAGAGGUCGUCACACUAGACUACACACACAGACACACACACACCACACACACACACUCACACUAAAUGAAAUAUAUGGUAACAGGAUAAUGUGUUGUACCUUUUCUAUUGGUUAAGUGUUAGAGAAAGAGGAGGUGGACCAUCUAUACAGAAGGGUAUUUAAUGUCAUGCAACAAUUGUAAGAACGAGUAUUCUGUUUGUCCUGUACCUGGGACCAGACUCCCUGCAUAUUUCAUUAAACCUAACAACUGAGUGAAGAAAAGGACUCUGUGCAUUUUCUUGAAUUUACUUACUCACCAUCUUUUUUUUUUAAGUUACAUCAAUAUGUAACUUGAAAUCUCCAACUUAAUUAAGGGUUAGUUUAAGUAGUUGAGAGCUCUCUGCAUAUCUACCACACGCUCAAACUUGCAAACAGUAUAAAAGUGUAUUGUUAAGGAGUGACGACGUCAUCACACAGGGUGACGCAGUUUAAAGGUGGAGAGACCAACACAAAGGGGCAUCACAGUCAGUGCAAACUUGUCCAAUGUAAUUAUGGUCCGCUUCACUAACUCUCCUCCCCACCGCUACCUGAUCCUCCCUCCUUCUCCUCCUCUCUGCACCUCCUGGCUUCUCCCUGCACCUCCCCACCCAUCCCUGCCUCUCCUGUCUGUCCCCUGCAGGGUGUGCUCUGAGAAGCACAGGGAGAAGUCUCGUGAAGCUGCCCGGAGUCAGGGAGAGAAGGAGAGCGAGGUCUUCACACAGCUGGCCCUGCAGCUCCCCCUACCCCUUGGCGCUGCCCAGCAGCUGGACAAGGCGUCCAUCGUGAGGCUGACCCUGAGCAACCUGUGCCUCCGAGAACUGCUGCAUACAGCAGAGGCAGGCUGCGGUGAAGUGGACAAUGAGGUGGAGAGGACUGCACCUGUGGAGACGUCGAUCGAGGGAUUCCUGCUGCUGCUGUCCCAGGACGGGGUCAUCAUUUACACCUCAGAGGAAGUGACGAGACACACGAGCCUCAGCCAGGCAACAUCUACCAGUGUACUGCAGUCACCAGCCAGGUAACAUCUACCAGUGUACUGCAGUCACCAGCCAGUUUGUCAGGAUCCAGCCAAUCUGCAGGCUGUUAGUGUCGGUGUUCACCGGCAGAGGGCGACAAAGGAACCAAAAGAGCGCAAGGUGCUGUGGCAAUGGCAAAGACUGUGAGGGGGCGCUAAAGGAGCAUCCUCACAUGUUGUUCCUGUGUGGACCACACAGGGUGUGGUCUUUUUGGUACCAAGGGACAUACUACUUGGAAGACUUGCCUGUUCACCUGGAAAAGGAUUACAAACUACAUUUCCCGAUAGCCCUUGUGGAUUAUAAAGAAAGUGAACAAGUGACACUUACCUGGCGAGACUUUCUGUUCCGAGAGCAGAUUUACUGUUACCAGCAGCGACUGGAUGGAACUUGGACUGGUCUCUGUUUGCUAAAGCAAUACAUUUUUCCUUGCAACGAGGACAGCUCGUGCAAACAAUAGAGAGGGUUGAAGAAGUGAGAUUAGUGGGCAGGUUUUCUUUUGUUUUGUUUAUUUUCAAAAAUGUUCUGUUGAGUCUUUGAACUUUGUUUAAGGAAAUAAUAAAAACUGCCUUAAC